AUUAUGGUAGCCCUAUGAUAAAACUUACUUACUUUAAGCGUAUUACCCAUCACUGAGGAAUUCUCUGGAAAAAUAGUUUGCACGUGUCUUCCGGAAAGUAGAAAGUAUUAGUUCAUAAGCCAACUAUUUCGCAAUGCUGAAAAGAUUCCUUUCACCAAUUGCUGAAGCCAACAGCCAGGAUGAGCUCAACUCUCCUCAGUUCAACAGCUUGAAGGGAUCGUCUCUGAAGCGGAAACGCAGGUCGCACAGCUUCUCGGAUUCGUCCGGCAAUCUGGAGAGAUUGGGAUUGCGGCACAUGAGGAAGCGUGCCAGGUUGGAGGACACUGAUGAGAGAUCUUUUGAAAAAGCUGCCAAAGUGAAGGUCAAGUCGAAGGAGCAUGCGCCUUUGAAAGGACUGGCUUCAAUCAUGUUGCGUAAGAAGUUUGGAAUCCGCGUAGCUAGUAUUUGGACCAAUGCUGGCUACGUGAUGGUGAUCAGGGAACCCGGGAAGCCUAGAGUAGAAAUAAUCAAUACCAGUUCGGGUAGUUGGCUGGAGAAGCGCUAAUUGUUCCACAAAACUCAUAUGAAACUUAU